GUUCACAUGGUGGUACGAGUACCUUACAGUAGUUCUUUAUGUACUGUAAAAUGCUGUAAAAACCGUACGUACUCUGACUUGCUGUAACUUGAGUGAAGAACUGCGGGCUCCUAGCGAUUUUGUUCCCCCGAUUUGCCGUCUUCGAACCAAAACGUAGUGAAACAUUCGGAGUCGAAUCCGAAUCUACCGUACCUUGUUACAGCAACAAUAUAAUACGAAUUCUGAAACAAGAUGACGGAAUUGAACAAGAAAAGCAAACCAGUGAAACUCACUCCGACGGAGAGGAAAGAACGAAACGCGAUGCUCCAGAAGCUUCAGGAUAGUGGCGAUUUCGACAGGUGCGUGUUGUGUUGUGUUGUGUUUCUGUUGGCGAAUAGGUGUUGUUCGGUUUUGAUGGUGUGUAGCAUCGCUCAUUGAGGUCGUGUCGAUCACACGGUAGGAGUUGGUUUGCUGUUGCGGAAGCAACAGACACAACACGAUGCGGCGCAUGCAACCAUACUGUUAUUGUUAUUAUUCGUCUCAUUCGUCGAUGAUUGAUUCGUCUUCUGCAUGGAUCCGAUAAAAUACAUACGACUCCGAACCAAUGCAACUCAACGCAACGCAAUACAACGCCACGAUGCAAACGAAUACGUAUACGCAUAUACAAUGCAACACACGACAAACACGAUACGAUACACACGACACGAUACGACACAAUACAAAUGAUACGACACGAUACACACGACACACACACAGGCUGAAGAAAAGCGUCUACGCCCGGCUCGUCCUGCACCCGGACGGCGAGGCCUGGAUGGAGGGGAUCCGGGAGCAGACCCGGAGCGCCCUCCAGCGGAGCAACGGGGGGACCGAGAGCAUCGAGGAGCUCACCCUCGACGAGCUGUCCGCGGCGAUCGUCGCCGGGAGUUCGGGGAUCCCGGCCGCGAUCGAGGAGGACUGCUUGUCCCGCAUAAAGAACCUGUACCGUGCGAGGGACCAGAGGAGGUAGUUGGUUCGUUCGUGCGCUGCUUCUCCUGCCAGCGACACGGAUGGAUGGUGCAGUUUCGUGGGUGGUGGUGGGACGAACGUCUCCGUGGCAACCCACGCAACGGGAUGCGAUGCAAUCGUCGAAGAGAUGCAGUCUGUGGUGUUUGGUGCGCAGUGGAUAUAAGAUGGGAUAGGAUGGCAUGGGAUGGGAUGGGGGGAAAUUUCAAAAAUCGCAACUGGCUAACAAUCACUUUAAAAAGGUUUGAUUAGAAACAAAUUAGGAAAUCAAAU